UCACUUUGUCAGCGCCCGUCAGUCCGGUCUUCAGGCUGUCAGGCUGACUGGGGUUAUUGAUUGUAAAUUCAAUAAUCCUGUUUUAUUUUAUAUCUUUAGAUCUAAAUUAAAUAAUGUGCUACUUCUAAUUACAUCUAACACAUUGAAUAUAGUUUCACCAGUUAGGACAUAAAAAUCUUAAAAAUGGCAAAUAAGACUGAACCUAAGAAACCUGAACCAAAAUUUGAACUUCUACCAAAGAUUGUAAAUGGAGGCAUCGCCGGCAUCGUUGGUGUCUCUGUUGUAUUUCCUCUGGAUCUGGUCAAGACCCGAUUGCAGAAUCAGACCAUCGGACCAAAGGGAGAGAAGCAAUACAAGAGCAUGCUCGACUGUUUCAAGAAGACUUACGCGGCGGAAGGAUACUUUGGCAUGUACCGCGGCUCUGCUGUCAACAUCCUGCUGAUCACUCCGGAGAAGGCGAUCAAAUUGGCGGCCAAUGACUUCUUCCGGCACCAUCUCACGAUGCGUGAUGGGUCACUGCCAGCUAUCCGCCAGAUGUUGGCAGGUGGUCUUGCGGGCGCCUGCCAGAUCAUCAUCACUACGCCCAUGGAACUCCUCAAGAUCCAAAUGCAAGACGCGGGGAGAGUCGCGGCGCAAGCUAAAGCAGAGGGUAGAACCAUACCCCGCGUGACGGCCAUGGAGUUGACCAGGAAGCUCAUGAAGGAGCGCGGCAUAUUCGGGCUGUAUAAGGGCGUGACGGCGACCGCAGGCCGGGACGUGCCCUUCAGCGUGAUAUACUUCCCGAUGUUCGGCACGCUCAACAAUAUGGGGCCCAGGGAGCCAGGACAGGCGAACCCGCCAUUUUGGUGGUCGUUCAUGAGUGGAUGCCUCGCUGGUUCUACGGCUGCUCUCAUGGUGAACCCAUUAGAUGUGGUGAAAACUAGAAUGCAAACAUUAACCAAAGGCUCUGGGGAACGACAGUAUUCUUCUAUAUUGGACUGCAUCACUACAACGCUUAAAUACGAAGGUCCGAGGGCGUUCUUCAAAGGCGGUGCUUGCCGUAUGAUCGUUAUUGCUCCACUAUUCGGCAUCGCUCAAACCGUUUACUACCUCGGCAUUGCCGAACGAUUGCUCGGCUACCGAUAAACCAAAAAAAAAAACUUACAAAUCAGCCUGAAUGUCAGCUGUCCUCUUCCGACAGCCUAUGUACAACAGAGACAGCAAUCUUGCGGCUGGACUCGUUCCUUCCGCAAUAUAAAUUUAAGACAGCUUAUUUAUAUGUUUUUCAAUGUUAAAUCAAGAAAUGUUUAAGUGUGAUUUGGAUUAUUGUUAAAAGAGAAAGGCUAUGUGUUUUACUAUUC